GUGCGAUAGAGACGAAUCCUGCAUCUACAUGCUCUUCGAAUACGUGUGCGGAGGAGAACUUUUCUCUUAUCUCAGGAACGCAGGAAGAUUCACCAGUUCCACAGGAAAUUUCUACAGUUCAGAAAUAGUUUCAGCUCUAGAAUAUUUGCACUCCAAGAGCAUAGUAUACAGGGACCUGAAGCCGGAGAACCUGCUUCUAGACAAGGAUGGUCACCUGAAAAUCACAGAUUUUGGCUUUGCAAAAAAGCUCUCUGACAGGACGUGGACGCUGUGUGGUACUCCGGAGUAUCUAGCUCCUGAAAUAAUCCAGAGCAAAGGACAUAAUAAAGCCGUAGAUUGGUGGGCAUUAGGUGUUUUGAUAUAUGAAAUGUUAGCCGGAUAUCCACCAUUUUAUGAUGACAAUCCAUUUGGAAUAUAUGAAAAAAUACUGAGCGGUAAAAUAGAGUGGCCCAAACACUUAGACACCGUGGCCAAAGACCUAAUUAAAAAACUUCUUGUGCAGGACAGGACAAAAAGAUUAGGAAACAUGAAGAGUGGUGCAGAAGAUAUAAAAAGGCAUAGGUGGUUCAAAGGAAUCGACUGGCAUGAAGUUUACAUGAGAAAACUCACUCCACCAUUCGUCCCUAAAAUCAUGUAUGACGGCGAUUCGAGCAAUUUUGACGACUAUCCAGAAGCAGACUGGAAAUCAUCGAGAACACUGGAAGAGUCAGAGCUGAAGUUGUUCGAAAACUUUUGAUUUGUUUCGUUUCAGUAGUAAGAUAAGUUGCAAAAAUUCCCUGCGAGAAAAAAAAACUGCAUUUCGUCUAGGUUAGAUCACCGAGAGUACCUUGGGGUACAAAACUGGAACUAGCGAUGGAAGUAUGGAUUAUGCCAUUGUUUUGCUCAUUUUGAACCAUUGAUAAUUGAAGGUAUCUUCAAGAGAUGUUCAGUAUCAUAGAACAUGGUUUGGUUCACGAACCAGCAAUUCUUAGGUUAAUAUAUGUAGAAGAGGGAGAAGAGAUUGCACUUUUUUCAAUAUUUACCUAGGAAACCAUUGGAAAGAAUCACAAUUGGUGUGCUAGGAUUAUUUUCUUUCACAAAUGGUUUUGUUGCUCUCAAUGAGGACCCGAACCCAAUAUUAUUGGUAAAACUAUUCUUCCCCGUAACAGAGACUUUGAUGCUCUCCAAACUGACCAUCAGACCAUCAAACCUCAACGUAUGGUUACACGAAUGAUUUUGUCGUUCCUUCAUAAGACUUACUCUCAAACAUUUCGAAAAAGAAAUGUAGUGGUAGUGAUUUAAAAACAUCUACACGUAUAGACAGAAGAACUGAAAUUUGAAGAAUGACCAAUGAAUACUUUCACUAAAGAUAGAUUUGUAUCAAUUCGUUUAAAAAACGAUAUUCUUCGGAGUAUUAUUUCAGUAAGCAGAUGCCAAAUCACACUGUACUACACAGUAAUGAAGUUUAUUUUCAAAAUGGCAUACCGUUACUUUGUUCAAUAUUUCUAUAUAGGUACAAUUAGAUAGGUACAAUUAGGUUAUAUUUGAAACUUUAAAAAUCAGAUUUCUACAAAUAGCAGUACAUAUGUAAAGCAUUCUGAGAUCUUGAGAUUUGGAUGGUCAUUUCAUAUAUCCUAACCUGCCAAUCCAUUGUACAAAUUGGAUGUUUUUUUGUCAAACUGAUAAUGAAUUCAUCGAUUUGUUCGUCGACUAUCUGGAUAAUUGAAAAGUCUGAUUCACGUAUUUGUAAGACCUCACAAAGCCUAUCUAAAUUAAACUUCUUCCAUCGAUGAA